UCCUGUGGAUGUAGACGUCCUGCCAGGAGAACCAGCAACUCGGAACAGAAGGAGUGUGGUUUGAAGUGCCAUUUCAUCAUCUUUACACCAGAUCACACUAGUCGUCUCAAAAACUGCAGACAAAGUCAUUCUUUAACCACAGUGGAAUAUUCAUGGAUGUAGCCUGCCUCGAUUUAGCCACUGAGAGAGUGCAUUAAUUGGUUCUGUGCUGGUGGAUGAGGCACGGUGUGGUCAGAGGGAGAGGAAGAUGAAGUGUUAAUGCUGAGUCCUCGUUUCCUUGUGACUCUCGUUAGCAGAGAACAUGACACAGAGGGGAUUCAUUAGGAAGUUCUAACAGUGCUUUAUAAAUGCAUGUAGCACUUGGUGCUAAGGUGAUCUGAGUGGGAGGCUCAACAGUUUUUAUUCAUCUUGGUGUGGAGUUUAGGAAAUAUAUAUCAGUAUAUGAAAUACUUUAGUUCUCUAAGAAUACAGAGAGUACGGCAAACAGAAAAAAAAAGAUGCAAUUCACAUUAUCCAAAAAUAUCCUCUUUUUAUAAAAGAUGUCCUGAUAAACAACCGAAUAUUGUUCAUUUAUAACGAACCUUGGGGAAACUGUUUGAAAAAAGACGCAAUGGCCAAACUAACCCUGUCAACGUGCCAUGAAUGGGCCCCAAACCAGACUUGAGACAGAUCUAUGUCAUUUAUAUAUUAAAAAACACUAACGUGGCGGAUUAAAAAAAUGUUAUGUCUUAACAUAUUUAUUCCAAUAUCCGAAAUAAACGUCAAUUCCCGAAUCAGGUUCUUUUUUUAAAAAAUGUGUUUUCUUUUAUUAACUGUCUGCUGUGUGUUUGUGCGCUGACGUCAGGAGCGCAGAGCAGCGAGCACAGAGGUGCGUAAAGGAAAAGACAACCUGUGCGCCGUCAGUGCGCAUCUUCUCCAAACUUCUCCAGCGGAGUCCGGGAGGAAGAAGCCGAACAAAAGGGAAUCGACAGAAGGAGAGGAGGCGAUGAAUCACAGAAACUUCAGCCUAACCACGGCUGCAGCACCGCCGUCUCUGACGCCGCAUCCGCCGCGGGUCGGUGGCGCCGGGACAGUGGACCUCGAACUCGCCAUCACGUCCACGUUCGGGACGCUUCUCUCCAUCGUCUACAUCAUCGGAGUGUCCGGGAACGUGUACACGCUGGUGGUAAUGUGCCACUCCAUCCGCUUCGCCACCUCCAUGUACAUCUCCAUCAUCAACCUGGCGCUGGCGGACCUCCUCUACCUCUCCACCAUCCCCUUCCUGGUGUCCACCUACUUCCUGAAGGACUGGUACUUCGGGGACGUCGGCUGCCGCAUCCUGCUGAGCCUGGACCUUCUCACCAUGCACGCCAGCAUCUUCACUCUCACCGUCAUGUGCACGGAGCGCUACCUGGCCGUCAUCAAGCCUCUGGACACGGUGAGGCGCUCCAAGAGUUACCGCAAAGCUCUCGCGUGGGGGGUGUGGCUGCUGUCCCUGCUCCUCACUGUGCCCAUGAUGAUCAUGGUCACCCAGACCACCACGAACACGGCGGAUGGAGGUGUAAAGAGGAUGUGCGCAGCCACCUGGGCCCCGCUGGCUUAUAAAGUUUAUGUGACGGUCCUGUUCUGCACCAGCAUCAUGGCCCCGGGUCUCAUCAUCGGGUACCUGUAUGUGCGCCUGGCCCGGACCUACCUGGAGUCUCAGCGCAACACAGUCAUCAGCAGAGGCAGCAGCAAGCGCUCACCUAAACAGAAGGUUCUGAUCAUGAUCUUCACCAUUGUCCUGGUGUUCUGGGCCUGUUUUCUGCCCUUCUGGAUCUGGCAGCUGCUGCGCCUGUACCACACCAAACCCCUGGGCCUGGCCUCGCAGACCCACACCUGCAUCAACUACCUGGUGGCCAGUCUCACCUACAGCAACAGCUGCAUCAACCCUUUCCUCUACACUCUGCUCACCAAGAACUACAGGGAGUACCUGAAGAACCGCCACAGGAGCUUCUACAGGUACACGUCCUCCUUCAAGCAGCGGCCGCCCAGCCUCUACUCCUGGGGAAAGUCUGGAUCCUCCAGCAACCAGUUUGAGUUCACCUCUGAGACGCUGGUCAUGGGGACCCUGAAGUGAGCCGGGGGAGUGAGACAGAUUCUCUCAGAUUGCUACAGGUAGGUGUCCAGCAGUGGUGUGCAAAGAUAUUUCAGGGGUCAGGCAUCACAUUAGGCAAAUUGACCCACCUGUGUGACAUGUCAUGAGAAAAAAAAAUGUAAUUAAAAUUUAAUUGGACACAUGAAUAUAAAAGUGAUUUCAUAAUCCCAUUAUACUAAAAGUUGACUUUUGUUCAUGUUGUUUCUAAAAGUCAACAUAAUAAUUCAUAUUGUUUUGAUAAUUACUGAGGAGCAAAGCAUUUGUUAUUAUAGGACUGCUUCCUGAACUUAGCUGCUUGGGAAAUAGCUGAUUAACUAACUUCAAACUAUUUUACUAUUCUUUAGCUCAACUGCAACUAAUUCUGCUCUCAGUGCUGGCUCUCUAUUUCUGUCUAACAUUCAAAUGUUGUGGCAACAUUAGCAUCUUAGCUGGUUUGAACAAACAGUUCAUUUUCAUCAGUUUUUUUGUUAAUACUAUGACACUAACCUGUUUUUCACAUAUACUUCAUUAUUAAUUAGCUACUUUAAGGUAUCUAUUUUGUGGCUAACGGAGUACUGCAGUUUUACUAACCUAGGCUGACUUUCACUGUAGCUAAUUUUAGAAAUGUUUGUUAUCUAAUUUUUAUCUGUUGUUUUUCUACUGUGAGCUGAACUGUUGUACACAAACUUUUAUUUUGGCCUGGUUUAAGUAUACAUUUUCAUUGUUCAGUAUGCCACAUAUACAGUAUAUUACACAGUCAUUGUAUAUGUCUGUUCGAUAUUCUUUUACUUAUACUAUUUAAAAAACAGUGGCAGAGACUUGCAGAAGUAACACUUCAAGCAGUAGCCCUGGGCAUUGGCUGUACAGUUGUUCCUUAAAUACAAUUUGACUAAAAUUGACAUAUAUUAACUACAGUGAAAGCAGUGAAUAUAUGGGAGAGACAGGACAUUGAUAUGUACAGACUAUGAAUGAAAGCUCCUCAGGCCACACGAUGGGAGCUCUUUCUAUCCAGAAGUCGUAGGUUUUCAAAACAGCAGUGUGGGCUGAGAAGA